AGGCUCCGACACCUCAUCCCAGACACCAAGAACCAACCGACGAAAGCCGAAAGCCUCCAUCCUCCGGCCAGAGAGGGAGAGCGGAGGGAGGAGCACCAAAAAAAGGAGAAAGCAAUACACAAAUCCGCGCAGUUACCCAUCGAAACAGCAACCUCCUUCCUCAUUCUCUCUCCCCACAUCAUUAUCGGGAGAGUCGUCCCAGCCCGUCCCUUCUCCCACAUCCCCCCCUACCCAUUCUUGAUUGGCUUCACGCUUCUCCAACCUCAGGAUCGAUCGAUUCCUUCCCCCCACCCAGCUGGUCGAUCGACCCAUGGUGGUGUCCUGACUCAAUCCGCAGCCCAAUCCGCGAACAUGGGGGGAGAGAGGGGGAAUUGUUUGAGGGGGAAUGGUCCUGCACUUCAAUGCACUCUGGUGUAGAGGCCUGAAACCAGGAACACCACAAGUUCGAAUUUAAAGCAGAGGCCAGUGCAGGAUCCAGCUGUGGCAGAUGGACGCCACGACCAGCAGUGGAGCUUCCUCUUCUCUUCCCCUCCGACUCAUCGUGGAUGAUACACUUUCCCUCGUUUCUCCGCUGCAGCAAUCAUUUCAGCGAUCGCAGCGUCAUUGCUUUGGCGACUCUUCUCCUGGGGAGUUCCCCUUGGCUGCAAACCCAUCAAUUGUCCUCCAUGUCCUCACAUCAUGCAAUGUAGAACCUGAGGACCUCGCUCACUUGGAGGCAACAUGCAAGUUCUUCAGGAAGCCUGCCAAUUUCCCUCCCGACUUCCAAUUGCCGAUGUCGGAGCUCGCAGCGUUGGAUAUGUGCCACAAACGGGCUAUAUUUAAGCAUAUGACUACACAAGAAAGAGAAAUGUUUAAGCAACGCUGUGGUGGGAGUUGGAAGCUAGUUCUUAGGUUCAUAAUGGCAGGUGAAGCAUGUUGUCGGCGAGAAAAAUCUCAGGCAAUUGCUGGACCUGGUCACAGCAUCGCUGUAACAACAAGCGGUGCUGUGUACACUUUUGGAUCCAACAACUCUGGUCAACUUGGCCAUGAUGGUUUAGAAGAAGAGUGGAGACCGCGUCCCAUCAGAUCGUUGCAGGGGAUUAGAAUUAUUCAAGCAGCAGCAGGAGCAGGACGGACAAUGCUCGUUAGUGAUGCUGGUAGGGUGUAUGCAUUCGGGAAGGAUUCCUUUGGAGAGGUGGAAUAUGGGGUUCAAGGCUCAAGGGUUGUGACUACCCCGCAGAUGGUAGAAUCAUUGAAGGACAUAUACAUUGUACAGGCAGCAAUAGGGAACUUCUUUACUGCAGUGCUAUCUCGGGAGGGAUGUGUAUAUACAUUUUCUUGGGGUAGCGACAUGAAACUUGGUCAUCAAACAGAGCCAAAUGAUGUGCAGCCUCAUCUUCUCACAGGCCCCCUCGAGAACAUUCCAGUUGUGCAGAUAGCUGCAGGCUAUUGCUAUCUCCUUGCUCUGGCAUGCCAACCAAGCGGCAUGUCUGUUUAUUCUGUUGGUUGUGGUUUAGGAGGGAAGCUUGGCCAUGGCUCACGAACUGAUGAGAAAUACCCUAGGUUGAUUGAGCAGUUCCAGACUCUGAAUAUACAGCCAGUGGUGGUCGCUGCUGGUGCUUGGCAUGCUGCUGUUGUGAGCAAGGAUGGACGUGUUUGCACCUGGGGAUGGGGGCGUUAUGGCUGCUUGGGUCAUGGUAAUGAGGAAUGUGAGUCUGUUCCAAAAGUAGUUGAGGCCUUGGGCAGUGUGAAGGCUGUCCAUGUAGCGACUGGAGAUUACACCACAUUUGUUGUAUCGGAUAAAGGUGAUGUUUACUCAUUUGGGUGUGGCGAAUCAUCAAGUCUUGGCCACAAUACUAUAAUUGAGUUCUUUUAAUAGUUCUGACGUGAAAAACAUAAUGUGCAAUUGCAACUUGCAAGACGACUACACCAUGCAUUUAGUUGUAUACCCUCUCGACAUGUAGGUAAUCAGCAAAUAAUAUGGAAUCAUAUACAUUAAAUGAUCCAAUAUUAAAUUGAUGGGGUAUCAGUUACUUAUUUCCCAACCCAACUUUUGGCUCGUUACAGAUUACCAUCCCAUGUGUCACAGCAAUCACAAAUGAGUCACUAAGGUGGCAAAUCAUCAUCCUCAUAUAUAUAAUCCACGAUGAUCUAUAUCACUGUAAAAAAUUUUUGCCACCAAUAUACCGCUGUAAAUUUACAGGAGAGAUUUGAAUUUCAUUUAUUAUUAUUAUUAUUAUCCGUUUCAUCCAUUUAAGAAAUAGUAUAACACAUGAUAAUUAAGAAAUAAAUCAUUCACUCUAUUUGUUCCAGCAAGAUUCUUUGUUUAGUGUGAUGCAAGUAACCAGAGUUUAUUAACCGGAAGUGAAUAAUUUAUUUUUUUCUUGCUAUCUGAUCGUGUUUUCCUGUUUACCCAACCUUUAUGAAGUGUUUAUCUUAAGUAUGUAUUCCCUCCGUUCCAUAAUUCUUGUUGAAAUAUUACAUGUAUCUAGACACUUUUUAGAAAUAGAUACAUCCAUUUUUGGGCAAAUUUGAGACAAGAACUGUGGAACGGAGGAAGUAUAUAUUUGUGUAUAGUUAAAAACCUAUUAACUUUUCCAUGUAAGAGUAAGCAGAUUUCUCUUUUGCUCAUGCGAGUCCUUUCGGUACUCUGUAACUUCUUCUCUUUCUGCUGCUGAGUUGAUCAUCA